AUGUUAUCUGAAACUUUUUUCAGCAAAUAUCCUAAACUAAGAGAAUAUCUUUUGAAACAAUUAAAAUAUCAUGUUUCUCAUUUAGAUAAUUAUAAUGAAAAUAAUGUCUAUAUUGGACUAAAUCCAAUUUUGACUUUAAUAUUGUACCUUGAAGUUACAAUGGAUUGUUCAAAUAACGAAUGGAUUGGUAUGGACAAAUUUAGACCUUUUUUAGAUCAUUGUUCUAAAAUUCAUAUUUAG